ACACCGAGUCGUAAAUAUGAGUGAGUUGCGCUUUUGAAGGAGUGUGGACAAGACGCUCAUUUUCGCAAGAAAAAAGUUGACAUAGCCCCUGCUGUAUUCCUAGCCUCCGUUUUCGAGUGACUUCGCAACUCCCAAGAUGCCAGACUAUCUCAGCGAAGACAUGAGGAAGGAGAAGCCGCAGGGGGAAGAUAAAGAAGAGGAAAUCCGAGUCUUGGACGAGGGCGACAUCGCUCUCUUGAAGUCCUACGGAGCCGGGCAGUACACAAAGUCAAUAAAACAGGCCGAGGACGACAUACAGACGAUUCUCAAGAAAGUCAACGAGCUGACCGGAAUCAAAGAAUCGGACACUGGCCUCGCUCCUCCGGCCCUAUGGGAUCUAGCAGCAGACAAACAGACGCUGCAAAGCGAGCAGCCUCUCCAGGUCGCCCGUUGUACAAAAAUUAUCAAGACUCCUUCGGCCACCGGCGGUGAAGGUGACGCUAAGUACAUGAUCAACGUCAAGCAGUUUGCCAAGUUUGUUGUUGAUCUGGCUGAAUCGGUGGCGCCCACGGACAUUGAAGAGGGUAUGCGAGUUGGCGUAGAUCGCAAUAAGUACCAAAUCCAUAUUCCUCUUCCGCCCAAAAUUGACCCAACAGUCACAAUGAUGCAGGUCGAGGAGAAGCCCGAUGUCACCUAUACCGAUGUUGGUGGCUGCAAAGAGCAAAUAGAAAAACUACGAGAGGUCGUUGAAACACCUCUCUUGCACCCCGAAAGAUUCGUCAAUCUCGGCAUUGAACCGCCCAAAGGCGUUCUACUGUUUGGACCACCUGGUACUGGCAAAACCCUGUGUGCCCGAGCUGUCGCUAAUCGCACCGAUGCGUGCUUCAUCCGAGUCAUUGGUUCAGAGCUGGUCCAAAAGUACGUCGGAGAAGGCGCUCGUAUGGUGCGUGAACUCUUUGAAAUGGCCCGUACCAAGAAAGCCUGUCUGAUAUUCUUCGAUGAAAUCGAUGCAAUCGGAGGGGCCCGAUUCGACGACGGAGCCGGUGGAGACAAUGAGGUGCAAAGAACUAUGCUGGAGCUAAUCAACCAGCUGGACGGAUUCGACCCUCGAGGUAAUAUCAAGGUGUUGAUGGCUACUAAUAGACCUGACACUCUUGAUCCGGCAUUGAUGAGGCCCGGUCGUCUCGACAGAAAGGUCGAGUUCGGUCUCCCGGACCUGGAGGGUCGGGCUCACAUUUUCAAGAUCCAUGCGCGUUCCAUGAGUGUUGAGAGAGACAUUCGAUUCGAACUGCUAGCGAGAUUGUGCCCGAACAGCACUGGUGCCGAGAUCCGAUCGGUUUGUACGGAAGCCGGUAUGUUCGCGAUUCGAGCCAGGAGAAAAGUUGCGACAGAGAAAGAUUUCCUCGAAGCCAUCAACAAGGUGAUAAAGUCUUACGCGAAGUUCUCCGCUACGCCGAGGUACAUGACCUACAAUUAGAAGCAUGGAUCGUGUAGGGAGAGCUCAACCGGAAUAAUUCUUAAUAAAGAUGAAGGUGUCUCGUUCGU